AUAAAAAAAUAAUAACGUCCGUAAAAAGCCACCAAUUUCGGGAGCACCUGCCUGAAAAAGAGAGUGACACACUCAAAACCUUAAAAAACCCCUCAGAUCACCAAAUUCCCGAUGAAAGGCGGCGGAGGUAAACGAAAACCCACCAAAAAAACAACCUCAGAUCUUCCAAAACAAAAACAAAAAUCCGUCCAAAAUGAACAAGAAAAUGAGUACGAUGAUGAUAAUGAUGAUGAACAACAAGAACAAGUCCCUGAGUUAGCUGAAGGGUAUUAUGUGAUUGAAUCUGUACGGAAGAAAAGAGUCCACAAGGGGGCGACUCAGUAUCUUAUUAAAUGGCAAGGGUGGCCAGAGUCGGCUAAUACGUGGGAACCUGUUGAGAAUCUUAGCGUAUGUCCUGAGCUCAUUGAGGCAUUUGAAGAAAGAUCAAAUGGGAAGCGUAAGCGCAGGCAUGGAGGGGCCACUAUGUCACGAUCAAAGGAGAAGGAGAAGCAGCAAAUGGAGCAACAGGUUCCCGAGGCCACAGAAAAGGAGAAGCAGCAAGUGGAGGAACAAUUUCCUGAGGAUACAUAUCCAGUACCUGCUGUGAAACUAACAAUUCUGGAGGAGCCUUGUCUAGGUCGUUGUGUCCACAUGCCGAAAAUGAGUAAUGUGGCUGAAAAUACUGUUGUGGGCACAACUGAUAUUGAAAAUGCAAACCCAUUAAACAAUACUGUAUCUGUUACUGGUUCUUUAGAAAAUGGAGAAAUGGAAGAAAUGUCAAAGUCCGACGUAGAAGUCAUUGAUCCUAAAGCUACAUCAUCUAAAGAUGAAGAGGCUGAGUUUGGCAUACACAUUCAAGAAUAUGUAACAGCUGAAAAUGGGAUUUCCAAUGUUGAUACAACAGAGAUUCUUCGUACUAGCCCCCGACUUGGAACUAGAAGAAGGAAGUCUUGUUCUGUUAAGCGCUUUAAGAAAGACCCAAACUCAUUUCCCAAAAAGGAUGCGGCUGGAAAGACUACUGCUGCUUGUGAUGUAGCUGUGCAAGAUGAUAUUAACAAUGGUGGUGACAUGGAGAACGGUUUGAAUCCUAAAAAUGUUGCUGAAAUUCCCCGAAAUGUCUCUGUUAUUACAAAGAUUGUUAAGCCGGUUAACUAUUCAACGUCUAUACUUAAUGACGUGGAGGAAGUGUGUGUUUCCUUUUUAGUUAAGAGAUCAGAUGGAGAAGAGGUUGUUGUUGAUAACAAAUAUCUAAAGGAAAACAAUCCAGUUCUGUUGAUCAACUUUUACGAGCAACAUCUGCGGUACAACAACCCUUCUGAAUGAGCAUUUCUAGUCGUAGACGACUGUGGAUUUAGGUGGGAUCUGCAUAUUCUUCAUCUUCAUUUUUUGAUAUCAUCAUUGUGUAGCCGGUGAGCAUCUAACAUGCAGAAUAGACAAGCUUUGAUUUCCCUAGGUUAAUUAAUAUAUGCAGUGUAUAUUGAAACAAGUUCUCUUGCUACUCCUGGAAGUAAAAAGCUUAUGAUUCGAUAUAUAUAGGGUAACAUUGUCUGUAAGACCUGCUUAAGAGACGUAGAGUAAUGCUUUAUAACAUCGCAUGUUAUUAGCUUG